AAAACAACACGCCACCACAGCUAUAAAACCCUCCGCCUCCACCGGCGGCUUCGCCCAAUUCCAUUUCGAAUUCUAGGGUUUUGCUGCUCCCCGACCCCGUGCUCCGAAGCCCGCCGCAUCGCCGCACCAGGCGCGGCCCUCCUUUCGUGCGACCGAGAUGGCGCUCCCGAAUCAGGGGACCGUCGAUUACCCCAGCUUCAAGCUCGUCAUCGUCGGCGAUGGCGGAACGGGUAAAACUACGUUCGUGAAGAGGCAUCUCACUGGAGAAUUUGAGAAGAAAUAUGAACCAACAAUUGGUGUCGAAGUCCACCCAUUGGAUUUCACCACGAACUGUGGUAAGAUCAGGUUCUACUGCUGGGACACUGCUGGGCAAGAGAAGUUCGGUGGCCUUAGGGAUGGAUACUAUAUCCAUGGCCAAUGUGCUAUCAUCAUGUUUGAUGUAACCUCAAGGCUGACUUACAAGAAUGUUCCUACAUGGCAUAGGGACCUGUGCAGGGUGUGUGAAAACAUCCCCAUUGUCCUCUGCGGUAACAAGGUUGAUGUCAAGAACAGGCAGGUGAAAGCCAAGCAGGUCACCUUCCACAGGAAGAAGAAUCUGCAGUACUAUGAAAUUUCUGCCAAGAGCAAUUACAAUUUUGAGAAACCUUUCCUUUACCUUGCGAGGAAGUUGGCAGGUGAUCCGAACCUUCACUUUGUUGAAGCUGUUGCUCUGAAGCCCCCGGAAGUUACCAUCGACAUGGCUAUGCAGCAGCAGCAUGAAGCUGAGCUUGCUGCAGCGGCUGCACAACCUCUUCCCGAUGACGAUGAUGAUCUGAUCGAGUAGAGAGGAUCAUGAGUCUCUGCCUUGAGCAGGAGUUGUGCCUUGCGUUUUAAGUUGUUCUAGGGUGAACUCUCUCUUGAGUUAGCAUUGUCUGGAGCAUCUUUCUCUCCUUGGACGUGUUGCAACUUUUGAGUGUGGAAAUUGAUGGACUCGUCGGCAUGAAUUUGCUGGCUACUUUAUACAUUGCUUUGUAACUCUGUUUGAUGUUAAACGUUCUUGUGGCAACGCUCGUUGUGCUGCCAUUUUGUUAUCUAUUUGUCUGAUGUACCAUAUAAAAUGCUUUUGGUGUA